AUGAAAAAUUACUGCACAAUAGUUUCCACAUUUUAUCAUCUGUUAGAGACCGAGCUGUACGUUAGAAUGAUGACAGUAACUUUGGAAUGCUCGUGUUCAAUGACUGCAAUUAAGUUGUGGAAUCAACUACCUUCGAAUCUUGAUGCUUCAGAAACUUUUAAAGACUUCGAAGCUUCUGCAUGUAAUUUGUUUUUUAACCCUUUACCGCCGAAGCUGGACUAA